GCGCCGGGUCCAUGGAGAAGGACGCCUGCUUCUGCUGGGCCACGUCGUCGUCGUGCUGGAGCUGGGCGGGGUCCUUGUCCAGCGAGCCAUCGCGCUGGCCCGCGGUGGUGAUGUUGUCGGCCAUUCUGUCUGCUUGCUGGGCAGCUGGGGGCAAGUGGAUGGGUGAAAGGGUUGAACUUGGACCUGAUGGUGAAGACUCGGAACUUUAGAAGGAGGACAAACUGGCCAUGCUAUAUACCUGGAUGCCUCCCCGCUACUCCAUCUUCAUCCCCAGCUCUUCGUGACUUCGUCCCUCCCCCUCGUCACGGCGUGGGGGUUCAAGCACUAGACACGGCUAGGCGAGGCCUAGGACAUGGAGAGGAGGGGAUUCCCACUCGAGACUGGAGAAGAGAGGUGCGAUCGCGUCUCCAUGAUUGGCGGGUCAGGAGUCUCCACGAACCGGCGGGCGAGCUAGACAAGGUGAGAAUGCGGAGAACAGGUCGGUUGUUGGGGUCGGCGAUAUCCUCUGAUGCAAAAUUUCAACAUCUGGUCGUUCGUCUUUGUCUGUGCUCUCUGUCUGCUGUCCAGGUUGGGAAGGAUGCCGACAGCCGUGCUGACACAGACGGUCACUGCUCAAUUGGUCGUGAAAUAGAUGAUGAGGCACACGGUAGGCGAGCCAAGCAGUCAAAGAGGUGUCUGGAUGACUGCGCCAAGGACAAGAGCCGACGGGGACUGGAGAGUCAGUCUGCGGCACUUGAGAGCCAUUUUGCGACCAGAGUCCUCCAGUCUAGUGAGCUGCCAAGCGGGCUAGUACCUCACGGUUGCGUAUACGCGACUCGCGAGCCAGGCAACCGUCAAAGCAGCUCGUGAUGGACGGCAUCAAUUGGCUGGGCGGCGGACUCUCCGCUGCCAUGUCAUGCCACCUCCCGAGCGGCCCCCACGCUCAAGCCGCGAGCCUCAAGGAGGAGACCCACAGGACGCGGAGAUACUUGGAGUCGGUCGGUCGGUCGAGCUGUGAAUAUGAGUGUCAUGGGGAAGAUGAUGCUGCUUCUGUCUUCCUCGUGGUUUUGGACGCGGCUGAAGCAGACCGUCAGGCUGUCAAGGCCACUAAGCAUCCGGAUGGUUGCCCUUGAGACCAGAAAAGAAAAAAAGUAGAAAAGGGCCAGAAUGAAGCCAAGGGGACGUGGAUGGGCCUCCCCUCGGAUCCGACCCCAGCCAGAAGAAUCUUAUUCUUCCCCCAAACAAAACCCCAACCUUGACCUCCUUGUGGCUGCUCCUCCACUUUGGC